GAGUCUGAACAACACCAGUGUGGCUCAGCGCACAGGACUAAAGUGUAUUGAUUGACAGCAAACUCCGUUUAACAUCAUGGCUGUGGGAUCGAGUGUCUCAUAUACCACAUUUUCUGGUUUUCCUGAAAAACGUGCAUGGCGGAUUACGGUGUAAAUGCGCAAGCCUAAUUGAUAUUCCCCAUUGUGCUCGGUCCCUGUGGCUUUUCAUGAGAGGUGAACGGUGCUGGGAGAACUUUCAAAAUUCUCCACCUGAAGCUGCAGAGUAGGCCUAGCCAUGAGCAGUCCGCCGCCGAGCCCUUCUCCAGCCAAAUGGUUCAAAGCGCUGCGAAGGACCAGGCUUGGGGAGCCCUGUUUGAAGACGUAUCCUCUGGAGUGUGUGGAUCUGCUGAAGAGGUCAAGAAUCGCUUUUCAAGCUGGACGCACCCUCAAGGAGGGCUUCAGACUGGCUCAGCUGGAGGCUGUGGUGCAGAUGCUGGAGGAACACGAGUGUGGCUUUGUGGAUGCUCUUGGAAGGGACCUUCAUAAGCCAAAGUUUGAGACCGUUGUGUCAGAACUGAUUCUUGUCAAAAAUGAGGCACUUCAUGCCAACAACAACCUUAAGAAGUGGAUGCAGCCGCAGUAUGUGGAAAGAAACCUGUCCACUACGUUGGACGAGUGUCUGAUGGUUAGUGAGCCGCUGGGGGUGGUGUUUAUCAUGGGGAACUGGUGCAGUCCUGUCCAAACGUGUCUGGUGCCACUGGUAGGGGCCAUCGCAGCAGGAAACUGUGCAAUCAUCAGCCCCUCAGAGUACACCGCUCACACUGCAGAGCUUCUUCAUCGUCUCAUCCCCUUCUACUUGGACAAUGAAUGCUUCCAUGUGAUUCUUGCAGGCGUGAAUGACUUGCCUGAAGUUGUGGAACUUAGGUUCGACCAUGUCUUCUUUACAGGCAACAGGAAAGAGGGAAGCAGAAUUGCUCGGGCUGCAGCUUGCACACUCACACCUGUCACCCUGAUUUUGGGUGGCAAGAACCCAUGUUAUGUGGACCAACACUGUGACAUUGCCAUCACCGCACAGCGUAUCGCCUGGGCACGUUUUCACAAUGCUGGACAGAGCUUGGUGGCUCCUGACUACAUCCUGUGCCACACUGAUAUACAAGCACGACUGGUGCAGGCCCUCAAGUGCUACCUGAUAGAGUUCUACGGUUCUGAUCCCAGAGAGUCCCGCAGUUACGGCCGCAUGGUCAAUCUAGAGAUCUUCAACCGUACGAGAGACAUGCUGUGGAGAUCAGGCAAAGUGGCUGUGGGUGGGCAAGUGAUAGAAGCAGAGAAAUAUAUUGCCCCAACAAUUUUGACAGAGGUUGUGGAAUCAGAUCCCAUCAUGCAACAGGAUGUUUUUGGCCCAGUUGUUCCUGUUCUGACUGUAAACAACAUGGAUGAAGCAAUUGUCUUCAUUAAUAAGCAAGAGAAACCCCUCUGUGUUUAUGCAUUUUCCAAAAACAACGAGGUCAUCUCAAGACUAAUGAGUGAGACCUCUAGUGGAAGCUUUUGCUCUAAUGACAGCGUCCUGCAGAGUCUGAUGGUGGCUCUGCCCUUCGGUGGAGUUGGUGCCAGCGGAAUGGGUUCCUACCAUGGCCGCUACAGCUUUGAUACCUUCUCUCACAGGAAAUCAUGUCUGCUAAGAGGCACACGGUUUGAGUGUGUAACCUAUCUGCGUUAUCCGCCCUAUGAAGACCGCAAUCUGUCUUUAAUGUCAUGGGCCUGUACCUUGUCCCAGAGGAGCCAAGGCUGGUGCCAGAUCCUGUGACUCUGUGGGAGGGUAAUAACUGAGUGCCCCCUAACCCCUGAACAGUCCUGACAUGCAAAUGUAUUGUAUUAUAAAUAGCUGAGAACAAAACCUAAUGGGGUAUAGCCACAUCUAACAGAGGAGGAGCUAUAAACACAGUGGUUGUUCAAUCUUUGGGUGAUGACAAUUGUAAAACCAACAAGAAAAACUCUAGUAUUUACUCUGCUGCAGUACCAUAACUGUACACAAACUCAACUAAAGGUGUUUGAUGAAACAUUACUUGUGCAAAAUUAAAUAACCAGGAGGUACAUGUAUUGGCUGAAUGGUUUUAUUUAGCCACAGUGAAGUUUAUUACUGCCUAUAGUCUCACAUUAUACUUUAAUGUUAAAGUUGUAUCUAUUAAAACAAUUUUAGACAGUCAUAUCUGUGAAAUAUCUGCAACACCAACCAUCCCCAAAAAACAAAUUAGGUCUUUGUCUUAUUCCCCAUGUGAGAAUCUGUUCAUUCAGGUCUAUUGUAGAUUUUCUCCUCGUUGCCUUCUUUCGUGGCUGCAUAUCUUGCUGCGGUAAACAGAUAGUCACUCAACCUGAGUGAAAAUAUUGGGACAUUCAUCAGAUGUUAAAUAGAGGAUCCAUGUUAUCAUAUUACUUUAAAGAACUUAACUGACCUGUUUAAAAACUUAGCAACAUCUGGAUCUGCCUCGCCUGCUCGCACAAUUGGAGCAACACUAAAGUAAGAACAAAGCUCUGUCAGAACGUAUUGUGCUGGAAAAGCAAGCCGAAGGAGGUAAUUUUACGCCAUUCAAGGCAAGGAGCAUACUGCAACUGACCUGCGCUCUGCUCUCCGACACACUGUCCGAGCCAAGUGCAAAGCUGAGCUGCUCUUUCCACCAGACUGUGAUACACAAAAGCAUUAAGUAUCCGUACAAAAGGACUUUAAUAAGAAAUUUGUCUCACAGAGGCACAAAUUGGCUUACGGGUAAAAUGAAGUUGGUCAGUGGAGGGAGUUCUCCUGUAAAUGUAUCGAUCCAGGUUUCCAGGUCUGCAAUUGGCUGAGCAGUAAAUUUAGUUCUCCCUUACAAAAACAUAACAGAAAAAUAAAUAAACCCAAGAGAUAUUCAAGCAAAUGAGACAAUAUUUUACUGCGUUAGACCACCCAGCAAGUGCAUACUUAUGUGACUUUCUCUUGCAGAUGAUUGAGGGGUGGCAAUAUUGGAGCCCACAUCUUGUAAAAUACACUGUAUCUGCAAUGAAAAAAGCAAAAUACUGUCAGAAAUUGUAUAUCUGGCUGAUGUAGAAUGUCUGCAAUAAAGGAAGUUAUUAAAUGCUAAAUGAAAAUCAAA